UAUAAGGGCUGUGAGCGCACCGAGGGCACGGCGCGAUGGCGGCGGUACUGACGGCGCUGCUGGCGGCGAUACUGACGGUGUGCGGGGCUCAAUGCCCGACCCCGGCCGAUCUGAAACCGACUAACGGGACCCGGCUCUGCGCUCAGCUCUACACCGAGGACAGCGUCUAUUACGAUCGAUGCUGCGCCGGUGACUCGUUGGCGGUACUGCCCGGUUCCGAUGUGCCCUAUAUGCCCCCAGGGUGGGCAGGGAAGGUCUCGUCGUUGGUGGUGGGGACGAGAUGUGAGCUGACCGUGUGGUCCAGGGUCGGGAAGGAAGGAAACAGCAAACGAUUCACGGCUGGAGCCGUCCCGCGGCUGCAGGAGGUGAGGAGGGGGCUGUUCAGGACCUGGAAUGAUGCCAUCAGGUCCUACUACUGCAAGUGUAAUUGAGGAAGGCAAUGCGGCGCUCGGGGAUGCUCUGCGGGUCAGUGUGGGGCUGCAAUAGUCAAUGUCGGUCAAUGGGAGUCAACGUCGGUCAAUGGGAGUCAACAUCGGUCAAUGGGGCUCAACGUUGGUCAAUGGGGCUCAACGUCGGUCAAUGGGGGUCAACAUCAGUCAAUGGGGGUCAACGUCGGUCAAUGGGGGUCAACGUCGGUCAAUGGGGGUCAACAUCAGUCAAUGGGGGUCAACAUCAGUCAAUGGGGGUCAACGUUGGUCAAUGGGGAUCAACAUCGGUCAAUGGGGGUCAACAUCAGUCAAUGGGGGUCAGAACCAGUCAACGUGGGUCAAUGUGAGUCAACGCCAGUCAACGUGGGUCAACAUGGGGCAGAACCAGUCAACGUGGGUCAAUGUGAGUUAAUGCCAGUCAACAUGGGUCAACAUGGAGCAGAACCAGUCAACGUGGGGUCUGUGUGAGUCAACACUGAGCAGAACCAGUCAACGUGGGUCAAUGUGAGUCAACGCCGGCCAAUGUGGGUCAACAUGGAGCAGAACCAGUCAAUGUGGGUCAAUGUGAGUCAACACUGAGCAGAACCAGUCAGCAUGGGUCAGUGUGAGUCAACACCAGCCAACGUGGGUCAACAUGGGUCAAUGUGAGUCAACGCCGGUCAAUGUGGGUCAACAUGGAGCAGAACCAGUCAACGUGGGUCAAUGUGAGACAACACCAGCCAACAUAAGUCAAUGUGAGUCAAUGCCAGACAACACGGGUCAACAUGGAUCAGAACCAGUCAACGUGGGGUCUGUGUGAGUCAACACCAGCCAUCAGUGCGGGUCAACAUGGGUCAGAACCAGCCAAUGUGGAUCAACACCACUCAAUGUGGGUCAACGUGAGUCUACAUGCACCAAGAUGGGUGAACACGGCCUCGUCCCACAGCCCAGCACAUCACGAGUGGAUGCAGAUCACCACCAGUCUUUGCACACCCAAGUGAGCCCACGUGGAACAACGCACCCCAAUGUGUCUAUGGGACCAACACCAGCCCUUCUGCCUGAGCCCACGGACCCCUAUCAGGUUAGCAAUAAGAGGAUCCAGCCCCCAUAACCCCAUAACCCCCCUGACCCCACACCAGCCCUGAGCGCAGCCAAUAAAGCCUUGUGGAUGUGCA